AUAACGCUAAAUACGUGCAAUCUCAAAACAUCUCCAAACACAUUCUAGAAACAGUGUCCAUUUCCACGAAAGCUAACUAGAAGCAGAUAAGAUAAAACACAACAUUACGAUAUGCCGCCAUUUAACGCAGCGCAGGUGGGUUCUCUGGCAACAGCCUCACACGCCUUUCUAUUCACACCCCAACUCAGAAAGUUGCCACACAAAUCCUUGCAACCUUUCACAUUUCCUCAUUAUUCCUCACACAGAAGAUUACGUACAACCACAAUUGUAUCUUCUCCGGUAAACAAUUUGAUGGAUGGUUUGCUGAGCAAACUGGGUAUUCGAAGAAGAGGGGCAGCAGUUUCAAUUGGCGACGCAGGGAAAACAAGCGGGGCUUCGAUUGCGCAAGGGCCCGAUGAUGACGUUCCUGCGUCGGGCCAGUUGUUUGCCCAGUUUGGAGCAGGCUGUUUCUGGGGAGUCGAACUCGCCUUUCAGAGAAUUCCUGGCGUCACCAACACAGAGGUCGGCUAUUCCCAGGGCUAUCUCCACAAUCCCACUUAUGAAGAUGUUUGCAGUGGGAACACCAUGCAUUCAGAGGUUGUGAGAGUUCAGUACAAUCCAAAUGAAUGCUCCUAUGCCAGCUUGUUGGAUGUCUUCUGGGAUCGCCAUGAUCCCACCACUUUGAAUCGCCAGGGAGGUGAUGUAGGUACGCAAUACAGAUCUGGAAUUUAUUUUUAUUCACCAGAACAGGAGACAACUGCACGUGAAUCACUUGAAAGACAACAGAAAAAGUUGAACAGAAAAAUUGUUACAGAAAUUUUGCCUGCAAAGAAAUUCUACAGGGCAGAGGAAUAUCAUCAACAAUACCUUGCAAAGGGAGGACGAUCUGGAUUCAGACAAUCACCUGCUAAGGGAUGCAAUGAUCCGAUUCGAUGCUAUGGUUGAUAAAGGAUAAUUGGUGUCAAUCUCUUUCUUUACACAUGGUAAUUUACACGAAUAUAAAUAAAUGUUGGUUGUAUAUCUUCCGAGUUAGCCGUCAUUGAUUGGAGGGUUAUACCAUACAUAGUAAGGAGAUAUAUAGUGUCUCACUGUAAGUAUAAAGUUUAAACUCUUCAUUUAAUGGUGUCUUUGACUCUGGUAUUUUCUGUUCUUAAAACCAAUAAAUUGAUAGCUUUAUUAGCUAUGAUAUUGUAACCUUGACUUUAGAUUGAUAGUUUGGCCGUAUCUAAAAGAGAUAAGACAUUCUAUGGUGUUGUAGUUAUCGUAUGCAAGAAAGAAUGGAACUUUUUAAGCUCCAUUGCUUUUCAACCUCUAUGAUGAUAAUUUAAAUAUGCAUAAGCAUUUACUUUCA